AAUGGGCAGGAGGAGAAAAGGGAGAUUUGACACCCGCGGUGCAAAAUGGUAACGACAAUCUCACGGGACAGCGACACCGUACGACGGACGACCUAUGCGUUCCUCUCCGUGAGGGAGUGAACACGCCCGAACAAACUCAAACCGAAGCCAAAAAAACCCUAGUCUGAUAUUUCAUCAGUUCUUUCUCCCAUUCUCGUCUUGUCGUAUCUUCUAAGAUGGAAGAUCACCUUCUUGCUUUGACAUUUCCCAAAAUAAACGCCUGAUUGACCUACGUGUCACGGAAUAAUUUUAUUAUUCAUAUAAUAUAUUUCUACUAUCAAUUGUUGCUUCCAUUGCUUGUUUUCUGCAUAUUCCGAUUCUUCUUCUCCUUCUGCCGCGACGAUUCCUGUCUUUAUGAGCGCAUGGUUUAGUGUACAUUUUUGGAGGGCACUGAUAUAAAGCCACGGGUCUCGGUGACAUGGAUAAAACCCCAAGAGAAAAGGAGCCAAAGACACCUCCGGUGAUGUCACAGGAGCAGUCGUCAACUCCUGGCACUGGAACAAUUAAUCCAGAUUGGUCCAGCUUUCAGGCAUUUUCUCCAAUGCCUCCACAUGGGUUCUUAGCAUCAAGUCCCCAAGCUCACCCAUAUGUGUGGGGUGUCCAGCAUAUUAUGCCUCCUUAUGGUACCCCACCACAUCCAUAUGUUGCAAUGUAUCCUCAUGGUGGUAUAUAUGCUCAUCCAUCUAUGCCUUCGGGAUCUUAUCCUUUUAGUUCCUUUGCCAUGCCUUCUCCGAAUGGUAUUGCAGAGCCUUCUGGAAACACUCUUGGAAACAUGGAAGCUGAUGGUAAGCCUCCUGAGGUGAAGGAAAAAUUGCCAAUCAAAAGAUCAAAAGGAAGUUUGGGUAGUUUGAAUAUGAUUACAGGAAAGAAUGUUGAACAUAAUAAAACACCAGGGACAUCUGCUAAUGGAGUUCAUUCAAAAAGGUAUCUCGUUGGUGAAAGUGCAAGUGAAGGUACCAGUGAAGGAAGCGAUGCAAAUUCUGAGAAUGACUCACAGCUGAAAUCAGAGGAAAGGCAUGACUCUUUGGGAGCUGAACCGUCUCAGAAUGGAGGUUCAGGGCGUGCUCCUCAAAACGGGGGACUUAAUACACCUCACAAUAUGGUCAAUCAAACUAUGAGUAUCAUGCCUAUAUCUGCUGCUGGUGCUCCUGGUGGAGUUUCUGGUCCCACGACAAAUUUAAAUAUAGGAAUGGAUUAUUGGGGUGCACCCACUUCAUCCACUAUUCCUGCACUGCGUGGAAAGGUUCCUUCUACUGCUGUUGCUGGAGGAAUUGUUACUGCUGGAUCACGGGAGAGUGUUCAGUCACAACUUUGGGUGCAGGAUGAAAGAGAGCUAAAGAGACAGAGACGAAAGCAAUCUAAUAGGGAAUCAGCUCGCAGAUCUAGGUUGCGCAAGCAGGCUGAAUGUGAUGAACUAGCCCAGCGAGCUGAGGCUUUAAAGGAAGAGAAUGCUUCUCUCCGCUCUGAAGUGAAUCGGAUAAGGAGUGAAUACGAGCAGCUGCUCUCAGAAAAUGCUGCCCUCAAGGAAAAACUCGGGGAAUUACCUGAGAACAACGGGGAACAUUUGCCUAGCCGGAAUGACCAACAUGUGGAUAGUGACACUCAACAGGCCGAGCAGACACAAGCCGUGCAGGGUGGUCGUUAGGAUCUAACUACCUUCAUGCUCCUGCGAUCAAGAUCAUAACCUAACCAAAUAGCAACAGCAAGUUCACGUUUUGAAUAGCUUGUAGCUCAAAUCAAAUUGUUUUAAAGUUGACCAUUACCAUUAAUAUAGUGUUAGGAUCUGUUUGUGCUAUAUCAUUACUAAUUUCUAAUUAGGUCUUCUAACAGUCAAGGCAACCUGGAUUAUAUUUAUAGUGCAAUUCUGGGUCAUGCAUUGUUGGCUUGACAAGCUUAAGUUCAUAUGGGAUAUGGGUAAGGCCCCCACUCCCCUGCUUUUUUUUUUAUUUUUUUUUUGUCUUUUUAACUUUUUUCAUGGGAUGCCAUGUUUUUCCAUGUCCCCUUUAGUUGAAUUCAAAUCCUGUCCAAGCUGCUGUAUUGUGCGCUUCAUUAUUUUUGUCAAGGCAAGUUCAUUGAUCCACAGUUUCAGCA